AUGGAACCAACAGCACAGACAAGCACGCACAAAGAGAAGCAAACAGGCGAUUGUCUCGAGUAUAAAGAGAAUAAAGACGAAAUAAAGAUAAAAAAUGAAGAAACAGAUAUAGAUCCAAGUAAAUAUGAGGAGGAAAUUGAGGAAGAAGGAGAGGAAAAGUAUAAAAAACAAAAAGAUCGUACAUUGAAAGAAUUUUUAAAUAUGAUGGAUGAUUACGCACCAAUAAUUCCAGAUGCAGUGACAGACUAUUAUUUGAGCAUGGCGGGGUUUGAGUGCGAUGAUAUUAGGAUAAGGCGCCUUCUUGCACUUGCAGCACAGAAGUUCAUUGCAGAUAUUGCACAGGAUGCCUAUCAGUACUCAUGUAUUCGUUCAUCGUCGAUGAUGAGUGCAGUUCUCUCCAACCAGACGGGGUUUGUUGGAGCAACCCGGGGCCGCUAUGGAAAGGACAAGGGAAAAACAAUCCUAACGAUGGAAGACUUGAGUGCUGCACUCUAUGAAUACGGAAUCAACAUGAAACGGCCUGACUUUUACAGAUAA